AUGAAUCAACAAUAUCAACAAAGACCAAAUGGCUUUGUAGCCAGACAGAAAUAUAAUAAAGGUAAUGAACAACAACGUCAUCAAUAUCCACAACAAUCUGCACCUAAACAAGAAUUUAAACCCGUUACAAUAUUAAAACGUGGCGAUCCAUCAGGAACAACAAUUAUUAAUAAAGAUGAUAGUCAAUCAAAGGAAAAUAUUUCAGCAAAUGGACAACAAACAAAAUCAACAAGCUAUAGACAAAUGGUCAUACAACAACAACCGCAAUCACAACAACAACAGCAGCAGCAGCAACAGCCUCAAGUGCCUGUAAUUUUAUCAUCGUCAUCAAAACCUUCAUCAAAUGUAUCACCACCUGUAGGAAGUCCUUCAACAUCCACACCUAUUCCUCCUACACCUUCAUCAAAUUCAACAUCAACAACAACAACAGCAGCAACAACUGGAACAUCAGUUAAUGUUCCAACUACACCAUCACUUCCUCCUGUUGUUCAUCGACCAAGUGGACCAAUAAAUUUAACACGUUCAACAUCAACAAUUUCAUCACCAAUAUUAACUCAAACUCAACAGGAUCAACAUAUACAAUCGAUAAAUUCUCGUUUACUUUCAUCAUCGAUGACAAUGAAAUCAUCAUUAAAAUUAAUUGAUGAUUCAUUAACAUGGUGUGAAAAUGGACAAUUAAAUAAUUAUUUACAGGAUUCCGAUGGUUUUGUUGUUAUUGGUGCUAUUGGUAGAGAAAAAGUUGGUAAAUCAACUUUACUUUCAUUAUUAGGUGGAAAUCAAUUUAUUGAUGAAGAUCGUUUGAUGAUAUUUCCAGCAGCAUCAUCGAAUUCACAUAAAAUUACACGUGGUAUUGAUGUUUAUAUUACAAAUGAACAAACAAUCUUAUUAGAUACACAACCAUUACUAAGUUCACAAUUACAUCAACAACAAAUCUUAGAAUCAUCGAAUGAUUAUCAUCGUUCACAACAACAACAACAGCAACAACAAACACCAUCAAUACCACAUUAUUGGCAACAACAAACUGAUCCUCGAUCAAUGUUUAUUGAUAAUGUACUUGAAUUACAAACAUUAGAAAUAAUUGCAUUCAUAUUAGCUGUUUGUCAUGUUGUUUUAAUUGUUGAAGAUCAAUUUGCUGAUCCAUAUUUAUAUCGUUUAUUACAAUUAGCAGAGAUUUUACGUCCAGUAUUAAAACGUAAUAAUACAAAAGAAAUUCUACGAACACAUUCACCACAUAUUGUUUUUAUAUUAAAUAAAUGUAAUAAUUAUAUAUCACCACAAGAACGUUUAUUAAUAAAACGUUCAUUAGUACAAACAAUGAUGGAUACACAUUUUCGAAUCUAUUCAUCAUUAAAACAAACAAAUAAAAUAAAAAUACAAACAAAUUUAAAACAUAUUGUAUCUGAUUUUAAACAACAAGAAUUAAAUGAAAAUUUAUUAAUUAAAUUAUUACAACAAAUGAAAAUUAAUGAAAAUAAUAAUGAAGAAUUUGAUGAUACAUAUAAAGAAAUUGAUCUAACAAACGAUACUGAUGAAGAUCCGGAUGAAAAACAUAUAAAUUAUGAUCAUGUCAAUGCAAUAUUUAUACCACGUCGUGAUUUUCGUGAUUCACAUUCAUCACAUUGGCAAUCACGUUUUCUUGGCUUUUCAAAUGCUGAUUCAAUUGUUCGACAACUUCGACAACAAUUACUUGCUAUUGAUCGUCCUCGCAUUGAACAAUGUCAAACACAACGUGCUUGGUUAACACAUGCUUCUCAUAUUUGGGAUAUGAUUACAAAAUCAAGUCAGGUAGAAAAAUCAAACUCAUUUAUCUUUUUUGUUACAUAA